AGUAGAGCUGCAAGAACCCAUUUCAGAAAAAAGGAAAUUCUACAAAACGGAAAGGAAACAAAGAACAAAAUUAGUAUGGAAUGUUCCACAAGUUGAAGUUUUGCAAUUUCCCUAUAAACCCUAAACCUCUCCACAAGAAAUCCCAUUAUCCAUUUUAUUCCACUCCUUUUCAUUUCGUAACUUACUUUCUUGUAUUUGUAUUUUAUUAAAAUUUAACCCCAUGGCUUCUUCAGAGAUCGAAGUGGUUUCGUCAACAGAAUCAAAGAUCCACCAAACCCAAAACGACAAUCAAAUUGCUAUAAUUGAUGUUUUCUCUGCAGCUGCUUAUGGGGAUUUCCAGAAAUUCAGAAGAUUUGUUCAAGAAGAUGCGUCUUCUCUCACUAGGCCUGAUGAUAAUGGCUACUACGCUCUUCAGUGGGCUGCUCUCAACAACUUUGCGGAUAUCGUUCAGUACAUUCUUGAGCACGGGGGAAAUGUUAAUGCAGCUGACAACAAUAAGCAGACGGCAUUGCAUUGGUCAGCUGUUAGGGGUUCAAUUGCUGUGGCAGAUGUUCUCUUGCAGAAUGGAGCCCGGGUUGAGGUGGCAGAUGUGAAUGGGUAUCGGGCAGUUCAUGUUGCUGCUCAAUAAGGACAGACAGCUUUCUUAAAUCAUAUUGUUGCAAAGUAUCAUGCUGAUUACGAUGCACCAGAUAAUGAAGGGAGGAGCCCCCUUCACUGGGCUGCAUAUAAGGGAUUCGCAGAUACAGUUAGACUACUUCUUUUUAGAGAUGCAAGCCAAGGGAGACAAGAUAGAGAUGGGUGUACCCCUUUGCACUGGGCUGCAUUAAGAGGGAACGUGGAAGUAUGCACUGUGCUUGUGCAUGCAGGAACAAAGCAAGAAUUGAUGGUGAAAGAUAAAGCUGGAUUUACCCCGUCUCAGCUUGCAUAUGAUAAAGGUCAUCGGCAAGUCGCCCUUUUCCUUUCUAAUGCAGAGAAGGUGCAUAGCAACCGCUGGCGAGACAAAAUUUUUAGUGGGAAGAUGGGAGAUAUCGGUUAUGCUCCUAUUUUGCUUUGUAUUAUUAUAAUUUGUAUCAUCCUCUUCAUCAACUCAGUUCUGACUGCUCCUGGUCUGCCAAAGGUAACUGCUGUUGUUGGACUGUGGUCAUGGAUUGCUAUUUCUAUAGCAUUUGGUUCACUUAUAAUGUUCUAUAGGUGUGCAAGUAAAGAUCCAGGUUAUAUUAAAAGAUUAGAAGAUGUUGAUACCCGUAAAGAUGCAGAGGAUCCCUUGUUGACCAUUGAUCUAAACAAUUCCUCUAUAUGGACAGGAAAUUGGUCUCAACUCUGCCCUACUUGCAAGAGGAACAAACGGGACUUCUUCAUCUUUGUAUGCAUGGCAAUGUUGACGUCGUUAAUUAGUAUUAUCAGUGCAGUUCAAAGGAUUUGGACAGCACCACUACCCUUACACUCUGAAGAAACGUGGAUUCACCAUGUGCUAGUCCAGCAUCCUGGUGUUGUAGCGUUUCUAGUUUUAGACGCUGUUGUUCUGACUGCUGCUACGACUUUGACAACAGUACAGGCUUCCCAGAUAGCCAGGAAUAUCACUACAAAUGAAAUGGCAAAUGCUAUUCGAUACGGGUAUCUGCGUGGUCCAGAUGGGAAGUUCCGAAACCCAUAUAAUCAUGGCUGCCGAAAGAAUUGCUCAGAUUUCUUCAUUAAUGGUUACACAAAUGAUGAUGAGAUUGCUUGGCCUCAAUUACAGCAGGUUGCCAGUUAGACACUCCCUUGGUUGUAGAUAAUGCUUGAGAAAACCCACCCCGCUGUGUUGAAAUUCUUUUCAUGUACCACCAUAUGUCCCAUUAAUUGUUGAUAUAUGAACUUUAUAUCACUAGAUUAUACGUUGUACUUUAUUAACCUGUUGAUGUUUACAAAUCAAUAUUUGUAACAGAAAAUGAAAUAAAAUCUUUUUGAUUUAGUUGUUGAUGCAAGGAAAUUGAUAG